CACUUCCUCACUUCCUGUGCGCCAUGUUUCCUAUCAAUAGUUGGAUGAUGCUCUUCAACAGAACAAACAAAAGAAAUGGUUGAUUUAAAAAUAGAGGAAAUUCUGCCAUUAUUGGUAUUGUAGGCGAAGGAAACUAUUUGAUAAGUGCAUGCCGAGUAUUUCAUGGUAUAUUUGUCAUAGCUGUGUAGUGCGCGCGCCUAAGCUCUUCUCCACUCGGAUUGGUGAAAACAGACUCACGGGCACGCACUCGGUCGAGAGCUUUCUCUUCGACUGCCAGGUCGUGAAAGGUAGACUUUCCCAAAUGUAUCUUCGGUAGAUGUCUGCAUGAUAAACAUUGUGUCCAAAACGUCGUUGCGGUUCGCCAAAGAUUUAAAUCCUGCCGCCAAAUGUGUAUGAGCGGUGAAGUUACCUCAGUGACCUGUCUGUGUGUGCAUGCACAUUAGGCAAUGCAAUGCUAGCAUCAGUCAUCCAGCUAGCUAACAACUGUUUAGCUGGCUCAUGCAGAUGCAGUAUUAUUAUGCAUCCUGACUAUUUAUCAACGGUUUAGUAUUUCUCUGCUCAUUCUUCGUAGUUAUUUGCUAGCCAGUAACAUUCAACUGACAGGGUGCCAUUCACAGAAUUAUGUAACAUGUUUUAGCUGCAAUUUUUUUCGCAGCAGACGAUGUGGCCAAAUUAUAAGUUGUAUUUUGGCUGGCGUUGCGCUCAUGUAGCCAGUAACGAUAUCGAGGAACGUACCAUUUCUGCCAACAAUGACUAAUGACAGAAAUGUUUUAUCAUUUUAUAUAUAACUAUAUCUGUGAUUCAGGGGCAACCGCUUGCUUGGCUUACUAGUCAGAGGCAGCACCCCACUCACCUUCAACAUCACUAAAUGCUACUUUGUAUCACUGACACUGAAGUGCAGUUAUUGUUUGCAAUAAAAUAUAAAAAACGGAUUUAAAAUGUAUUUUUAUUUCUGGUCAAACUAGGCCUACCUCUGGCAUGUGAAUUAACCUUUUAUUUACUGCUGUGUUUUAAUUGUUUUAUUCAUGCAGGGAAAAGAUGUACCAACUACCUGUGGAGAAAUUGGACAAAAUCAGACAGUCAAGAAAGAGAGUCAAAGAUAUUCUAUGUGACAUUGGACUUGACAACUGCAAAAAGUUGUUGGAAGUAAGUUCUGUUCGUACACUACAAAUGUUCAAGGGCAGAUAUUAGUGGGACUUCUUUCGGUACUAUGAUAGAUUCAUUUUGCAUUAACCCUCUCUUGGUCUGUUUUUUGUUUUCCAGGAUCUUAAAUGCUUUGAUGCAGGAGACGACUGUUUUGAGAACACAGACUGGGAGGAUUUAACGGACGGUUACCAUGGCAAAAGGAGAAAAAGGGUACGCUCAUCAUUGUGGAGGACAAGUCAUUUAUUAUUCUGUCAUUAUAGCUGUUGCAAUACUGUAAUAUGGCUUAACUUUAUAUUUUAAAUGUAACCUUAAUAUUUAAAUCACAUGCUCUCUUCAUAUUAUUAUUAUUUUUAAAUCACACAGUGGCCAUAUCGCACGGAGAUGCUGUGCUGUGCCCUGUGCUGGUUCUCUACCCGGUCAUGGUACACCUUCAGAGGACACAUCCAGCGCUGUCAUGAGGAGGAGGAGGACAUCAGCGCCCUGUCCUCGUGCCCCAACUGCUCCUUCAUCAGCCACCCUGACGUCACCAAUCAACACAUCAAGCUGUUCCACGGGGGCUCAGCCAAAACCACAAGUGCCUCUUGUACUCUGACCUCCACCACGUCCCAUACCACCAUCCAUUCGGUCUCCACCACUGACAUAGGAGACAAGUACUCGUGUCGAGGCUGUGGGUUCCACGACUCGCUGUUCUAUGUCAUGAGGAAACACGUCCUGGUGAACCACUACGGAUCGUUGUUGAACCGUUACUACGGUCACCGGAACGAGGCGGAACAGACAGCGGGCGGGGUCAAAUUGUCCAAGUUCUUCUGCAGGAUGUGUAACAUGCCAGCGGAGACGUCAGAGCACCUGCUCUACCACAUUCUGAGCUCCGACAAACACAAGGAACUGCACGCGCACAUCAGGCCCUUCAUCGUCGAACACGUCAACACAAACCUCAAAACUAGCAUUAGGAACGGUCCGCAUCAGAAGCUUCCGAACCUGGCUCCCAGGGCUGUCCAAAAGGUAGUCUCUCUGGUCUCCAAGAACAGUAACCAACAACAACCCAACGGAAGGCCCAUAACGAAAGCCCUCUCCACCGGUACUAUGCUUCUGGCCGCUCCAAGUAACACAACGGCCCUUGUGUGUGGUCCAGACCCAAGACACAUGUUCCUUCCCACACAGGGCCCGGGAGGAAAGGGCUUAAUACUCACUCAGCAGGCUGUGACUUCUCUUCAGAACCGUGCUGCCUUGCCCACCUCCACACUCGUCAAAGCUGGUCCCAUCAGAAUGAUGCUGCCCACCGGCCAGCAGAAUGCCACCAAACCGUUACCAAUAACAAUUAGAGUGCCCCAACAACAACAACAACAGCCCCGACAGGUCCUACUUCCACCUGGUGUCCAAAUCAAUGUCCAAAACAAGAUGGGUGCUGGUUCCCAGCCCCUUAUGUUGACCCAGUCUGGUCCCAGAGGAGCUGUCAUGUCCUCCCAGUCUGUCCGUCUGGUCCCUACUGGCAACAAGGUAAACGGCAUGCCGACCUACACACUGGAAACCGUUCAGGUCGCCAUGCCAGUCCAGUCUGCUGGUGUCACCCAAAUUGUCAAUAAAGGUGUACUUGUGACGCAGAACAUGACCACUCUACAACAGCAGAACAAGCCGCCGACUAUUAUCGUCAUGGGAAACGGUACGGUGUCCAAUCAAACGCCUAGCACUGCCGUGAUGAACCACACACAAGGUGACAACAGCACUGAGAAACCCAGAGAGUUGGCUGUCCAGACACAAUUUCUGAAGAAGAUGGAGAAUAACACAGUGAAAUGCACCAGAUGUAAAACGUUAUUGUCGGAGAAGGGUAUUUUUCAGCAUUUGUUGCAUGGUCUGCAGUGUUUGCUCUGCCCACUGGUGUUCUAUUCCAUCCAGCAAGUCAUGGAGCACAUGGGCAAGGAACACAAGCUCUCAGACAAAGCCAACUGUGACAUCCUCAAAGAGAAAUAUCGUCUGGGCAUCAAUCCACAGGGGGGGCUUUUGUUUCCUUUUUUUGACAUGAGCGCAACUGUCCCUAAAGACCUGCUGGCAGACAAGGAGCUGAACGUGGUUCUGGUCACAUCAACUAAAGACCGGAUCUAUCUGAAGCUGAGACGAGAGUCUGUCAAGUCCGCAUAUCAAAACCUAGCAAAAGACGGUUGUCCCUUCUGUCCAGAGAAGCCUCAGAACGGGGAGGAUUACGAGCUACAUCUAAAGACAAAGCACCACAUUGUACCCACUAUACAUGCCAUACUGAAGGCCCCAGCCUUCAAGUGUGUAUACUGCCUGGGGGUGUACACAGACAAGUCCACUUCCAAGACCAUCUCCAUACACGUCCAGCGCUGCAGGUGUGCCCCCAAGGCAGCCAAGGAUGCAGAGAGAUUGAUCAACCCUGAUCCAAAUGCCCAGACAAUCAACGGUGGCGUGCCGGCCGCUGCCCUGGACCAGAGCAGACAGAGUAAGUCUAGAGAAGCGACAGGGGGGGCCACCAAGCAGCAGGGGGGGCACAAAUCCAAACCUGGUGCUUUUACAUUCGACCCCACUGUGCCCCUGGUGCUAGACCCCACAGGAAUGGAGAUGCGCCCCUUCGAGGAUAGAAAGGUGUUCCUCACCAAAUACUUCCACCAGAGGCCCUACCUGUCCAGGAAAGAGAUGGAGGCCCUGGCAGGCCGCCUGUGGUUCCAGAGGACUGAUGUGGCGUCUCUGUUUGGAGCGAAGCGCAGCAGGUGUAUGAAAGCGCUCCGACAGAAGAAGACUAAGGUUCUGAUGGGGUUUAACUGGACUGAGCUGAACAAGCUGAAGCACGACCUUGUUGUUCCAGAGAUUGAACCUGAAGAGAAAGCCGAACCAGUGAAAGCCGAACCAGUGAAAGCUGAACCAGUGAAAGCUGAACCAGUGAAAGCUGAACCAGUGAAAGUAAACGUC